AGCCUGUAUUCCGUUCUUUCCGCGCGAGGCGCUCAGCACGCGCUGCCUCGCACAGGCUGCAUUCGCUCUCUCGCGCUCUCACCCUCUCACCUGAGCGCUGUGAGGUAGGUAACCGAUCGGUCGUCAUGGCUCGCGUAUCGCGUAUCGUGACCCGUCGUGUUAUGGCGUAAUUAGACCCGUUUAAUGUGCUGAAAUAUCAAACACGACAGCAAGAACAAGCGAACGAUGGACGACGGCGUGCAGCUCGCGCAGCGCGCGGACGGCACGGGCACGGUCCAGUGCGCGAGCCAAGAGGAGCCGGGGGAAGCGGGAGCGCGCGACACGGGGUCGAGUGAACAACAACAGCGGAGGCGGCGCCGACACGACUCGCUGAAGCAGAGAGGGACUGAGGUCAGCAGUUUGACUGACCACAGCACUCAUGACACAUCGCUGGAUAAAGUGCUGCUGCGUGAGGAGGUGCUGUGUCUGCAGGAGGAGGUGGCUGAGCUGAAGCGGAUGAAGGAGAUGUUGAAUAAGGAGCUGGAGGAGAGCGGAGGAGGCUGUUCCGCUGAGCUUCUCUCCGCCGCUGAGCUCCGGGUGCAGCUGACCCAGAGAGAGCAGGAGCUGGACCGAGCCAACGAGGCUCUACAGGCGAUGAAGGCGGAUCGUAAGCGGUUGAAGUUGGAGAAGGCGGAGUUGGUGAAUCAGAUGCAGCAGCUGUACGCCACGCUGGAGAGCCGUGAAGAGCAGCUCAGAGACUUCAUCCGCAACUACGAACAACACCGCAAAGAGAGUGAGGAUGCAGUAAAAGUACUGGCUAAAGAGAAGGAUCUGCUGGAGAGAGAGAAGUGGGAUCUGCGGCGUCAAACUAAAGAAGCCACAGAACUGGCCACCGCACUGCGCUCUGCACAGGACCUGAAGGAGAACCGCAUCAAAGAGCUGGAGGCUGAGCUGGCUAUGAUGAGUAACUAUGUGGCCCAGAAACUCGAGUGUCAGCUGUUCGUUCGAGAUCCAGAAAAACCCGUCUCCCCCCGAAAUAUGUCGGCUAAGCAGUCUUUGGCUACGCUCACUAAGGACGUUCCUAAGCGUCACUCUUUGGCCAUGCCCACAGAGGCCGUCGUCAAUGGCAACCAGGAGUGGGUGAUGCAUGCAGAGCUGCCUCUAACAGCAGCCAUACGGCAGAGUCAACACAGCCUGUACCACACAUUCGACCGACAGGUUUUAAAGGCGGCGCCCCCCUGUGUGUGUGACAUUGAUGGAGUGUGUGUGGCGCACUCCUCGGGCAGUCUGCGGCUCAGCCCCUGUCACUCACGGCAGCCGUCACUCCUGUCGGACGCCUCGGCGCUGGAGGGGGAGCGAUCUUCCACACCAUCUGAGCUUAACUCGCCUCGACACAGAACACACUCGCUCUGCAACUCUUUAGAGGACCUGGAGGACCAGAAGAGGAGGAAGAAGAAGGAGAAGAUGGGUCUGGGCUCGCUGUCGCGUGUCUUCGCCCGAGGGAAGCAGAGGAAGUCUCUGGACCCCGGCCUGUUCGACGGUACCAACACUCCCGACUACUACAUAGAGGAGGAUGCUGACUGGUGAUGCAGCCAGGGAGCCUCUCUGACCCGAGAGUGUGUGUAUGCGAGUGUGUAUGGGCGAGCGAAUGAGUGAGAAAGUGAAAGAACGAGAGAAUGAGAGAGAGAGUGGGUGUCGGGUUGAGUCUCAGAGGAGUUGAGUGUGUGUUUUGCUCGUUUUGUUGCUGCUGACUACAAGAGCACAAGCUAACGGCUGUGGAUUUGGACUCUCGAGUCGUGAACCCGCCGCUCAUCUCCUAACCUCCUCAUCCCGCUUCACACUGACACUGACUGAUCUCGCUGUGGAAACUUGAAGGACUGCUGGACCUGUAAAUAACUCACCCAUCGUGCUAAACUCUGUGCUUGUAAAUGUCUGUUGUUCUAAAUGCCUAAUUUUUAAUUAAUUUAAUUUUAACCCAAAUGGCCC